CUCGAGUCCACUCCUCGCUUCUCCCCCUUGCCCUCUGACCGCCACCACGCUCGCGACGGGAGAUGCGCAGAGAUGGACAGGGUCCACGAUUACUACCAGUCGUAUUCCUGGCAUCAGUCUCAUGAUCAGGCGACGGUAUUGCUGCUGGUGCCGUAUGAGACUGCAGAGGAUGAUGUAUCCGUCGUCAUUGAACGGAACUUUCUUAUGGCAGGCGUACGAGGGCAGCCACCCAUCGUGAAGGGGAGGUUGUACGGCAAUGUAGACACAGCCAACUCGGUCUGGCAGCUCGAGCCGCAGGCCUCGCGGACCUCCGCACGCGAACGCACCACCUCAACGACAUCCACCGCAUCCCAGUCCACGCACUCUUCCUUUGCGGUCGUCUCAGACCCCGGCAUCUCCAGUAGCUUCGCGGCUUCCCUCGAGAAUGGCCUCCUCUCCGACCUGGACGACCCUAUGUCUUCGCCCGCGCUCUCCUCACCCGUCUCCUCCUCCCUAGACGAGCACGGGUUCGUCUUCCCGCACCAGCGUCACCCGCCACGCUCUAACCCCUCCUAUCCCGCUUCCCCGGGUCCGUCGAGUCAGCAUAACGCCCCGCUUAGCCUCACGUCCUCCUAUUCCUCCGUCGAGUCGCUGCAUAGGGCCUCCGGGCGCCUACUCACAUUACACCUAGAGAAGGCAGAGUCGGUCAUCUGGCCGUCGCUCGUUGUAGGGCCUGUUCCAGAGAGUCUAGCUUCGUCAACGGUCAGCUCGUACCCAUGGGCGUCCUCUUCGGGAUUGACGGUGGAGUCAACGUACAACAUGGACCCUACAAGCCUCGUCCUGAUCGCUCUAGACCUGUAUGACAUCCGGGAAUCAUACGAAGAAGCCUUCGAAUACUUCGUGCGUGCAUGGCACCAAGCCCGUGUGCCCUCUGCCGCGAUCCGCUUAGCGACGCACUAUCUCCCCGUGCAAUCUAGAGUCCCAGAUCUGUCACCAGACAUAGCAACGUCCACCGGGUCUCUUGAAUCAUCAACCGAUACAGAGCCAACAACACCCACACCUUCGAUCCCCGAGACCUCACCCUCUCCACCGCCAACUCCGGGAACACUCGCAUACUACCUUGGCCGUAUAGGCGGAACAUCAGGACUCGCAGACCUCUUCCUUUCCGCCGGGAUCCUCCACCUCGAAGGCGCAGCUGCCCCCCUACUGUCCUCCGCGUACGCCGGGCUGUCCUCCCUGCGCACCCCCCUCGUAGUCAGCGGCAGCACCGGCCACGGGCACGGCUUCGCCGCCUCUAGCGCAAGUCCAGGCGGAACAGAGGGCUGGCGACGAGACCGCGAAUGCGCCCGGCGCUACUUCGAACGUGCAAGGGCGCUCGUGCCGUCCCUCGACGUACCGCUCCUGCCGCCCGAGAGCGACUCCGACGUGGGCUCUGGCGUCGGGUCGGGCGCGGAGAACGGGGACAGGCGCAGCACCGGCACGCGCUCGGGGCCGGCGUCGUCAAGUUCCGGGCGACACAGCGAGAAGGUGCAUACCGAGGUACACUCGGCCGACCCGCCACAGGCCCAGCCCAGGAGGCGGCGGAAGAGAGAGACGUCCGGCGACUUGUCCAGCUCGAUCAUUGAAAACUACCGGUCGUCGGACACGGACGCUGGCGACGAAGAUCGGACUUGGUAUCUGUAUGUUCCAGGGCUCGUCGGCGCGGGCGCUGCGCUCCUGGUUGUCGGUUUCUUGUCGCUCUCAUCGUGGAGGAAGAGUCAGGGAGGCUCCUAAUGCUCGCCCAUACAUACGUAACACACACUUAGACGACCCGAACGAGAAAACGGCUACACGUUACGAUCAUCGCUCUGAUUGCUGUCAUUCUGGAUUGCUUGCACGACAGGUUCGUUUGCCGCUGUACUGUAUUUCUAGGCCGCUAUAUACACCGAACAAUAUAUGUGA